UCUCUCUCUCUCUCUCGGUUUUUCCUUUUUGAUUUCGAAUUUUCCUUGCACUUCCUUCGAGUUGAGCAAGGGGUCAAGAUGGCGAACCAGGGUUUAGGAGCAGACCAAAGGACUGAUCUUCUCCCCGAGUCAGAGAUGGAGAAUACGUCAAAAAAUUUCGAUCUGGAGGUAUUGAUGUCUUAUGGGGACGACCUAAUCGAAGUUUUAAGUGAUAAGAAGGGAUUUGAUGUCUUGGCGCAAAGUUUCGACCAUUUGAAAGCCAUCCAGUUCUCUUGCGACGAGGAUUUCAACGAGAUUCGGCGAUCUAUCGAACACUGUCAGAAGAAACUCGAUGCUUGCCAUAAAAAGGCAGAGGAGGCGAAUUCUGGCAUUACGUCGGACGAUGAACUCGAGGGUCUUCAGAAAGAGCUAGAUGAAGAGCUGGAGCGAGAACGCCUGCUGAAGGAGGAUCUUAGAGCCAUUUCAGAUGAAAUCAACGAGCUGAAUUGUCACAGAGCGCUGGUUGACGAGCAGAGACUGGCUUUAAAGAGAAAACAGCAAGAUGACACUAGAAUGGAGAAAAUGCUUUCACUGUAUGCUUCUAUAACAAAAGUCAUACCAAAUUUUGACGACGACGCAUCAAAAAUCUCAGGCUACAUUGUCGAUCAGGAUAAAAGGGUAAUGGAGAAGUUUGAAUUUGGUCAGACCAAGAUGACUGCCUUUGAAGCGUGUAACAGUGUUUGGGAAAUUAUAAACAAACUAUAGAUAGUGAUUCCUUCUUGCCUCCAGUUCUUUGGUUUGGCAUAUGAGCCUGCUCUCUCUUGUUCUUGCUUGGUCUGAAUCUCGGACAUCAAUCCUGGUUGCCAUCCAAGACCCUUUUGUCCACCACUAUUUAAAUGUCACAAUCUUUAUUUUAUAGGUAGUAUGAGUGACAUUUGCCUUUAUCAGAUAGGCAAGAGCUUGGUAUC